AUGGCCUCGAGACGGGAUCGAUUCAAGACCAAACUCUGCAGAAAUUUUGCUCUCGGUCACUGUCCUCAGGGAUCCCAGUGCAAGUAUCUCCACACCAUGGCCCCACCUAUGUUAUCCCCCACUUUGCCUAUUACUCAAUUUAUGUAUCCGUCGUUGAACCAAAGCGAACACAAUAUUCCAUACCGUCUUGCCCUCCCAAUGUCCCCUCCUACCGUUCAAUGGAUGGCGACAUCACCAUCCGCUCAUAGCUCGGAGAUGGUUCCUUAUAAUUGGGUUUAUUCCUCUGCUCCAUACAACCCUGCCCUCCAGGCUCCUCGUACUGCGGCUGUGCAAUACAGGCCUUUGUCGUGGAGGACGACACUUUGCAGACACUUCGCCAAGAACAGAGGAUGGUGCCCUCUCGGCGACGACUGCAAUUAUAUACAUGACUUGGCGUUGGCAGAUAUCGCUCUCGAGGACGUGAGGUUCCCCUCCCGCGACAACUCUAAUGGGGCCCUCGCGAGCGGCGGUGUUGGUAGGGGGAAGGCCGGUACAAAGCACAGUCACUGUUGGGCAUACGUGCAAGGACUCUGCCACGUCAAGGACUGCCCAUACCUUCAUCCCCUCGCUGUACAUCUCUUUGUUCGUCACACUCCGUGCCUCGCAUGGCCUAACUGUCAGAAGGGCGUGCUGUGCCCCUACAAGCACCCGGAACCGGUCAUACCCAAAGUCCACGCGCUGCCUGUUGCCGUAGAGUCUCCGACUCAUAUGCAACCUCUCAGCCCAGUCGAUUCGACCUUGCCUCCUGUGUACCAAUACAAUGGUACCACGUACUUCCCAUACCCGCCGCAAGGUCCUGUCUCACCGUCACAGCUUGAGCCUUCUCGCGCUUGGCCUCGCACUUAUGAGCCUUGGCGUCAACCCUACAUCGCGCUCUCCCAGUCAAGGAAUUACGGUCACACUUCGCCUGAAGUGCGCCCAUGGCGAGACCGUCCCAUCUACGAGGUUGGGCCUCCGCCUGCACCCGUCAGUUUUCAGCCCCGCGCGUAUACGCCUCCCUUCGCUCCUCCUGUUCAAGAUGUUAUUCAAGCCGCCCCUAGCUCACAGUCCGCCUUAGAAUAUCAGCCAGCUGUCGAGUCUGCGGGCCCGCCCAUUACUGCACCACAUGAGUUUCCGUAUGUACCGCCCAAGAAUCAGCGUUCCGGACAUGCUCGGCGCGUCAGUGUCGCACUGAAGAGCAAAGAAGACUCGGAUGCCCUCUUCCUCGUUGACCCAGUUUCCAGUGAAAGGGAGAGCUGGAAGACUCACGGAGAUCGCUUAAGCCACAGGAGCUGGGCCCCGUCGUCGACUACAGUGGACCCUCCACCGACCCCGCCCUCGCUGCAAUUGAUUUACUAG